CUUCCGCCGGCCGGAAGUGUGUAGAGCGGGGAAGGAAAACAGCGCUCCUUUCCGGUGUAGGGGCACAGUUGAAGCAGCCUCGAGGGAGGAGGCGUUGUUUGUAAGCUUUCCCAUCAGAUCAGAUCGGGGGCCCAGAAAGGUCCAGUCCUCCCUACGUGGGUUCCCUCUGGCCACCACUGCCCUGCAGCUGCCCCUCUCCCCCAGGGAUGACUCGGCACGGCAAGAACUGCACGGCGGGGGCCGUCUACACCUACCACGAGAAGAAGAAGGACACAGCGGCCUCAGGCUACGGGACCCAGAACAUUCGACUGAGCCGGGAUGCCGUCAAGGACUUUGACUGCUGCUGCCUCUCUCUGCAGCCCUGCCACGACCCCGUCGUCACCCCCGAUGGCUACCUUUAUGAGCGGGAGGCGAUCCUGGAGUACAUUUUGCACCAGAAGAAGGAGAUCGCCAGACAGAUGAAGGCCUACGAGAAGCAGCGGGGCGCCCGGCGAGAGGAGCAGAAGGAGCUGCAGCGCGCAGCGGCGCAGGAUCAGGUUCGGGGCUUCCUGGAGAAGGAGGCGGCCAUCGUGAGCCGGCCCCUCAACCCCUUCACGCCCAAGGCUGCGUCUGGGGACGGCCCAGAUGACGCCCAACCCGGGCCCAGCGCGGGCCCCGCAGGCAAGGACAAGGACAAAGCGCUGCCCAGCUUCUGGAUCCCGUCGCUGACCCCCGAGGCCAAGGCCACAAAGCUGGAGAAGCCGUCACGCGUCGUGACCUGCCCCAUGUCUGGGAAGCCCCUGCGCAUGUCCGACCUGACCCCCGUGCGCUUCACGCCGCUCGACAGCUCCGUGGACCGAGUGGGGCUCAUCACGCGCAGCGAGCGCUACGUGUGCGCCGUGACCCGCGACAGCCUGAGCAACGCCACGCCGUGCGCUGUGCUCCGGCCCUCCGGGGCCGUGGUCACCCUGGAGUGCGUGGAGAAGCUGAUUCGCAAGGACAUGGUGGACCCGGUGAACGGGGAGAAGCUCACGGACCGCGACAUCAUCGUGCUGCAGCGGGGCGGCACCGGCUUCGCGGGCUCGGGCGUGAAGCUGCAGGCGGAGAAGUCCAGGCCGGUGAUGCAGGCCUGAUGCGCCGCCCGCCGGGAACCAAAUAAACGGGCUUGGACGCAACUGGCCUCGGGGCGCCAUCAUUCACUGCGCUGGAGCCCGGGGACCGCGGGCGGGGAAGCCAGACCGCUGGGGUGGCUCCACUUUGAAAACAUGGGCUAAGAAUAGAAUCUUUGCUGUGGGCUCACGUGAAGAGUAAAAUCUAAAUCGAAUGCACAUGCACAGCUUUACAUGGGUUGAGUGGCCAGAAGUUGGGGCCUCAGCGGUGAGCACAUGAGGGCUCCGCUUUCAUGGGCGAAAGAGAAACCCCGCACAUCCUCUGAGCGGUGCAGAAUUUGAAGCCAGUGAGGCGUCCUGGAACUCGUCUCCUAGUAACGUGUGGUACGACACCCAAAGGAAAUGAAGUGCGGUGAGCCCGAGCGAGCACCCAGUAACCCCCCUCCCAGGCCACGUGGCUGCUGGAGGGUGAAGAGGAGGAGGAAGCCGCGAGUGCAAAGGCCCGGCGGCAGCAGAGUGCUUGGACGGGUGCGAAGACGGGGAGGAGGUCAGGGCAGCCAGCCUGGCGGGCCUGCCUGGAGCUCAGCCCUUGGCAGUAAGCCGGGGAUCACCACAGCAGGCUCUGUGCAGGCUGGGAGAACUAAGCUCUCCGUCAGGCAAAGAUGCAAAAGUGAAUAAAGACUUGGAGUCCUGCCUCUCUGAGCAGCACCCAG